GACACAGCAGGUAGCGAAGUUAAAUGUUAACUUUAAAGAGCCAGUCCUGUGUUCUUGCCGACGUAUCUACCACUUUACACAAGACCGUGCGUCAGUUGCAAGCUACCGCCUCGACCUUCUAGCUACUGGACGUGAACAUGAUGAAGGGGACACUCCUGGCCGGGGUUUUGCUAAUACUGUGUGGGCUUGCCGCCUCACAACAUGAAGGGCACGACCAUGGACAAGACCCGUUCGAACUGGUCCUACACCUACUGGGAGGGGAUGAACACCAACACAACUUGACUUUCGACAUGUCUACUUCUCUUGUUAAGACCAUGCUUGACCGGGUAAAGUGUGAGAGGCUGGAGGCUGACGAAGAAAGGAACUUCACCUGUGCCGAGUGCCUGACGGCUGAUGGCUUGAUUAAGCUAUCUCUCGGCGACUCCACCGACACGAGCGCGCCUGUAGGCGAGGAUGACUUCCACAAGAUGGCCGUGGUUCUGACUGUCUUCCUGACGGACCUGUCUAACCUGGACGCCUGUACGGAAGACCCCGGGGGCAAGGGGUAUCAGGCUAUCGAGAACCGGCUAAUGCGGUACACGGACUCGGCAGGGUUUACUCUGAGCAGCUAUCAGCGGGUCCUGGAGGACAUCAACACCAACUAUCGUGUGCAGAACUGGGGCAAGUGUUUUACUGCAGAGUCGGUGUUUGAGCAACUCCACCUCAACACCAGCGACUCAAGCGGCGGGGUGUCACAGCAGGAACUGAAGGAGAUAGCAGCAGUAACCGUGGCUAGCGUACUGGAGGGGCUGUGUAUAGGGGAAGCCGAGCUACCAGAAAGAUCCUUCUUCGUAGACAACCUCUUUGAGAGCCUCAACAUGACCAAUGGCACUAUCUCGAUCGAUGCUCUCGAGCACGUUCUGUCUGAUCUCGGUAUCGGCGGGGAGGCGCCACCCGAGCCGCCGGUGAUUGACGACGGGCACGACCAUGCCGGGCACGACCACAGACGCAGACGGGAACUGCCUCCACUGACACGGGAGGACGAGCACAAUCACACUCACGAACACGACCACGAGCACACAGACUUUGAACACGAUUGCUUCAACUCAGCCCAGUUGAUGAAGCUGUUCCUGGUUGAUGAGGAGAUGGGUGUGACACGUGACCAGUUCAGCGCCAUGGCCCCAGCCCUGAUACAGCAGGUGUACAGCAGGGUGUGCGUGUCGGGGACACCUGCUGAGAACGCCACAGCAACGCCGGUCGUCAGGGACCUCACUAUGCUGGAGAAAUACGGGUACGGGACGCUGUCUGUGGUCCUCAUCAGCCUGCUGGCCCUGAUCGGCCUGUUGGUGCUGCCCAUGGCCGGCUCCAGCGUCUACAAGUUCAUCGUGCAGCUCGGGGUCGGGCUGGGGGUCGGCGCGCUGUCGGGGGACGCUCUGCUGCAUCUUCUGCCUCAGGCUCUCGGUCUACACGGAGACCACGCCGCCGGCCAUACGGACCAUGACCACGACAUAUCCUACAUGUGGAAGCUUCUGGUCGCCAUGGGCGGAAUCUACUUCUUCUUCGUGUUCGAACGGGUGAUGAGUUUCCUCAUGCCUGGCCACGGUCACGGUCAUGGCCAUUCUCACGGCCAUCAUGAGAAGGCGGAGGAUAAUGUAUACGAGAAUGAUGUGCAGCUUCGCAAGAUCACCCAACUGCCACCGGAGCCGAGUAUGGGCUCAAAGAGCCUCUCCAUAUCCAAGCAACAGUUGACUAACGGACAGAGUACGAUGACGCUGGAUCAGGAUGCGGAGAUGCCUGGUGAAGAGAACACUCCAAAAUACUGCUGUGGAGGAUGCACUCCGACAGCGAUGAUGAUCAUCUUCAGUGACACCCUGCACAACCUGACGGACGGGCUGGCCCUCGGCAUCGCCUUCAGCGGCGACCUGGCUGUCGGACUGUCCACCUCCAUCGCCGUCCUGGCGCACGAGCUGCCGCACGAACUAGGUGACUUCGCCAUGUUGCUGAGGUGCGGGAUGAACUACAAGAGCGCCUUGCUGUGGAACCUGUUCGCGGCCUGCUGGGCAUUUGUGGGGCUGUACAUCGGACUGGCUAUCGGAGCCGACUUCAGCAUCAGGCAGUGGCUCUUCGCCCUCAUCGCCGGCAUGUUUCUCUACGUGUCGCUGGUCGACAUGCUACCGGAACUGUUACACCACAAGUCCAAGUCACCUGUAGUGACCUUCAUUGGGCAGAACAUCGGGUUCCUGAUGGGAGUGGCGGCGCUGGUCUUCCUGGCCAUGUACGAGGAGCAGAUACAGGUGUCCAUCACUCUGGGAUAAGUGUUGAAAGUUAAAACUUUUGUUACAACACAAAGGUAAAUGUUCUCACC